AGUCGUCACUGUAAACACUGUGUACGUUUUGGAGGUGAGAGAGAAGUUUCCACAUGUAACAGAAAAAAAAAUGUCCAAAACACCAAGAUAGCGCUGAUUUUCGGAGGCUUCGUGACCGCCGUGGCAGCCGCGUUCUACCCCAUAUUCUUCUACCCGCUCACGCACAAACACGAAUACAGAGAAGUCCAGAAGAUGAACCGGGCGGGAAUCAACCAGGCAGAUGUGCAGCCUGUGGGAGUGAAGAUUUGGUCCGAUCCUUUCAAGUCUACCGGAAAAUGACGCCCAGAUGAGGAUCCGCUGCACGAAAAUGUGUCUUUUGUUGAGUGGUUUACUUGCGUGUGAGUGACUGAUUUCCAGAGCGUGUGUGUUAUGAUUGCAACUGUUUAAAUUAAAGUUUGACCAACCUAAAUCUGUGGUCGAGUCUGGUCGCCUGACAUUCUGCCACACGGGGGCGCUCUACACCCACAUGUCGUCCCAAAACACCAGCCAAUGUUUUGUUUGU